GAUUUUCCAGGCGCAAUGUGGCUCCCGCGCUUCUUCCCCAGCACCUUGCUGGUCUUGGGGCUCGCUUGCAGGCGUGAAGCCUUGGUCAGCGCCGGCGCGGGUAUAUGCAAUGACAUGUACUUUGAAACCAUCUUCAUGAGGCAGAAAUGCAAGAGAUCCAUGAAGAAGAAAUCAAAUCAAGGAUUGCUGCAGUUGCAAGGGACAGAGAAAGCAUUAAUAAGAAGCUAGAGCUGUGUAUUGAUCCCUUAAACCCCACUAAGCACCCAGAGGCAAUAAUAAACAUGGUCAGUGGUAGAGUGGUACUGCUAUCCAUCAGUGUAGAUGACAUUUACAAUUGGAAUUCACCAAAUGCAAGAAUUUGAACGUAACUGGUCCACAGGGUUCUGUACACCGUACCAAGGAUAGCAGAGCCACUGGCAGGGACAAAGCAUGUACAGGUUUGUCCAACAAAGGAAUUUGACACUUGCCUACAAGCAAGUUCACGAGAGGUUGACAUGAAGAAUAUUUUGUCACAUGAGUUGGUUCCUGUACCGAUGUCAAAUGUUCUCGGACGCUGGUGACAUGAGGCUUUCCAAGACUAAGUGUAAGCUAAAGAACCAGCUGCAGAUAGAGGUGUCAACUAGACAUACUUAACAAGACAUCACCUGUAUAGUCAUUGACCGUUCCACUUCUUUCAGUGGUAUGCUGGCCAGCAAGUGAUAUUCAAGGACUUUGUGUCCAAUUUCUGAGUCUGCACUGAACACAAGCUAGCUGCAGGUGACGUAACCUUGUCUUUGAAAAGUACAAAGUCCUCAUCACAAAGAGUGUCACAAGAUCUAGCAGAGCUACGGAAGCAAGCAGGGUGCAUCAGCUGAGUGCAAAUACAGAGCUACUGCCACAGAAAGUUGUGGAAACUGAUGGAAACUGGAAACAAGAAACAGUGGAUUAAAAUCAUUUCUACAGAACUCCAUUCAAGACAAGAAUUUUGACCAAGAGAACCUAUUAGAGCACAAGGUAGUCAUUGCAGGUAGAGACACACCCCAGUUGAAGUAAAGAAGAAGGUGUGAUGAUCAACAGGGAAGAUAUGGCCACCUGAGGAGUUGGACAACCUCCUAGUAAAACAAAUGAUGAUGCAAAAGAAAAUCCAGUGGGAAUAUCAGUAUUGUGUAUUUGUUUUACUGAUUUAUUUUACUCUUGCAUCAUCACCUUGAACAGGGCCUAAUUUCUUAAGUGAUUAAGGACUCUCUAGCUUGAGAGAGAGCUGUAAUAAACAUUCAUGCUGCUGCAGAGCAACACUAGAACAUUGUGCCUGGACUGUUAGCUGUCCUUGUACCCUUGGGCAGUGAUGCAGUACCAUCCUAUUUUGGCCUUGCCACUGUGUUGAAGAUUCUGUGAGCUGGUGACUCCCUCUUUCUGCUGGCUGACAUCAGUGCAGCAAUACCUGAUGGCUUUGAACUGGCAAACAAACUGUGCCACCAUGUCAGAAGCAUGGGAGAAAUAACGUGCAGUGAAAAUUGGUAAAGGUACCAUGUCAACACCAAAGCUCAGCUCCCUACCACCACCAGCUGAAGCGUUUUAUAGAAGAUGAGCACAUCUUCAGGCACAAGUCUUCUUGAACUCUCUUUGGACAAGUUCAAAAAUGUGCUACUUAACCAGACCAUCCCAGUGGAAGCUGUAAUAAGGAAUAUUGCAAGCAAUGUGACUGUCAUUAUUUUUCAAGUACAUUCCCACCAAAAAAAUGUAACCAUCUCCUUUGAUAAGAAUUCCUCUGCAAAUAGCUCAGAAACUGGAGUAGACAAAGGGUUAGUUUCCAUUCUUCGGCCUCAGCAGAGUGUGUGUACAUGGUACCUGCAGUCUCCGGAUGCCAAGCAAGUGUUGAGCACAGCUGUUUCUUUCGCUUAUUCUGAGAGAGAUCCUAUCCCUGGAGGCUGCAAUCUGGAAUUUAACUUGGAAGUUGAUCCCAAUAUUUAUUUAGAGUAUAAUUUAAUUGACACAUGCAUCAAGUUUGCCCCUGCAAACUUGGGAUAUGCCAGAGGUGCCAACCCUCCCUCGUGUGAUUCAGGGACAGGUCAGAACUCUAGAUGGCGACUGCACUAUGACAUCUAUCAGUAUUUCUUACCAGAGAAUGAUCUCUCGGAAACUGCACUCCUGAAUCACCUGCGAAAGAUGUCUGACGUGCAGAGCGUCCGAGCUAAUGGCGUUAGACUGGUUUCCUUAACAACUGACGAAAAGACCAAUGUACACUUCUCCUCACUCCCUGGACAAGGAGUGAUCUAUAAUGUCAUCGUGUGGGAUCCACUUUGGAAUACCUCUGCUGCAUAUGUACCUGUUCAUACCUAUGCCUGUAGCCUCACUGCCCUUGUGGAUAAUUGUUCCUCUCUCAGAAGACUCUCCACCAAAAUAUUCUUCACCACUUUUGCUGUUCUUGGUCUCUUUAUUUGCUUCUUUGGGCACAGGUUCUGGAAAACAGAUUUGUUCUACAUGGGCUUCAUCGUCACAGGAUUUAUUUUCUUUGUAUUAUUUACUAGAAUAACCUCCCUUAGUUAUGAUGUUUGUCUGAUUCUGACAGCAGUAGCUGGACUCGUUGGAGGGCUUCUCUUGGUUGCUUAUUGGUGGAGAUUUGGCUUUGUCCUUCUGUGUAUGUUGAUUGUUGGACUUGUGCUGGGAUUCUUCUUCUCAUCAGUGAUCUUCUUCACUCCACUAGGAGACUACAAGGUUUUUCGUGAUGAUGCUGUGUUUUGGGUGACCUUUUCCUGCAUAGCAUUGAUGGUGCCAAUAGUCUUUGUUGGCUGUCCAAGAAUUCUGAACAUAUUGGCCUGUGGCAUAGUAGGCUCUUAUUCAGUCGUCUUAGCAAUUGCUUGUUACCUGUACACAAGCCUCGCUUACAUCACAUUGGACCUACUCAGGAGGGUUCUGAAUGACGACUUCAGCCAAGCGUACACCAAUGUGCCCUUCCAAACAAAUGAUUUAAUCAUCCUGGCAGUAUGGGGGAUGCUGGCAGUCGGUGGAAUAAUGGUGCAGCUUCGCCGAGAGAGACGUGAGGUACCCUUCCCACCACACCCUUACCGUAUCUGGAAGCGAGAAAGGGAGCGCAGGAUUACUAACAUUCUGGAUCCUAGCCACCACAUCCCUCCUCUGAGAGAGAGGAUCCAUAACAAACUAUCGCAGAUCAAGGAGUUCUUCCGAAAAGAGCAGCCAGCUGGGGAAAGAACUCCAUUGCUUCUGUAAUUUAACCAAAUGGUGCACAUUGAUAGCUACUCAAAAGGGCUCUAAGCAUCUAAACUAAGGUGGUGAUGACCAGCAUCUGUCCAGCAGUGCUGACUUGGUGUUCUUAUGACCUAAUCCCGCUUAACAAAGCUACAGUGUAUGCUGGACGUGGAAGACAAACCUUUAUCUGGCUGAUACACUCACUGCUGUCCUGUGCUCUUUCUCAAUGGCCCACUUGUCCUGCUGUAAAAAAUUCUGGUUCCUGCAGAGACCUUGCACUAAGGGUGGAGUAUAUUUGAGUGCAAUGACUAAGGUGUUUCUCUUUGUGAGUCUUGUUGUGUUUGUUGGAAAUGUUUAGGUAUGUGAAAUCUAAAAACAAAAGCCUGAGAAGGUAACUUGUGAUUUAAAUAUGUGCAAUGUCAAAACUCUUCCUUUGUAUCUUGUAAUGGAUUUUCAAGAGACCACCUUGAUUCUCACCAGACAUGAGCAUCCUAUGCUGAACAUACAAGGGAAGAAAUAUCUAGUCUGUCUUUAGUAUUGAAGUAUCCUAACUGCAGUGUCUUCACAACUAUUAAACCUUCAAUAUUGGUACCAAACCCACAUCUCUGAACACAGUAAUGGUUUUUAAUAGGUAUAUUACUGAACCAUCACAAAUUGUACUAAGUAACUUUUGUGUUUUUAAUUGCACUGGAUUAAUAUUUGUAUUUCUGUGUGUUCAGCAACUGGACUCUGCCUCAGAGAUAGAAUAAGAAGGCUCCUUUUCAUCCUCCCUUUUAAGCUAUCUGCGGGGUGGGAUGACGUCCUUUCAGUACCAAGCUGCUUGUCUGGUUUCUGCUUGAAGAGUUGCCCAGAGUCCUACAAGAAGCAUUGAGGCAAAGCUGGAGUUGUAAGUUGUAAGAGAUGAUGGCUUGCUGAUCAAACACAAGAGUCCCCUCCCAUGCUUAGCUUCCCUAAUUGUUUCUUUGAGCUAGGAACACCUAAGGGCUAAUGGCCUCCUUGUUUCAGCUACUGUGCUUUGUAAAUAGCUUUGGUUCCUGAGAAUUGAUUGAGUUAGCUCUUCAUAGAAGAAUAACCUCAAAUUCAGCAUUUCUGUUUUAAAUGCAGAUUUUCUUUUUUCUGAGCUUGCUCAAAACACUAACCCUGCCUCUUAAUCAGUGCUUUCCUCUCCCCUCCCCUCCCCUUUUGGGUUAAGAAUGUGAAAAGUAUACUGCAGGUAAAGUAUUGACCUGAAGCCUUGCUGGUUGGUAAUAUGUACAUUUCUCUUACACUCCAGUUAGCACACUGUGUGUGAAAGGAGUUACCCUUACAUAGAGUUACAACCCUUCAUAUUCCCGAGAGUUAGUGUCUUUUUCUUUUUAAUCACUGCUGGAGAAGUGAACAAGAGUGGCUUGGUUUGGAUCACUCAGUAAAACCACAAAUCCAAGCUUUCCUCCAGCUCCUCCUCCCAGGCCUCUAAAUACUGUCCUUCCCCUUGCGUGUGUAUGUGGCUAUAAAGUCCAUACCUCCCACGUCCUGACCUAGGUUAUGCAGGAAGUUGUACCUCCUUCCUCUUCCCUCAUCACCCCCACUUCUGUACCUCUAACUCCUAGGCAGCAAGCAGCAGUCACCUCUCUUGCUUUGUUGUAAUGCUCUUCAACUUUGUAUUAGAACAGCCACUAACAAAUAGUAAAAUACUAAACUUACCAGUGCAACUUGAUGACUAAAAACUGAAAUUCUUUCAAUAUCAGAUACCAUCUUUGAAUGACAAAGUGGUAAAGGAAUUAAGUUUUUAACAAUAGCUUUUGAAAGCUGCAAAACAUCUAAUGGCAUGAGUUGACCACAACCUUAACAGCAACAAGAAGCCUUCCCUUGAAAUCUUGAUACUUCAGACCAUUUUAAUACUACUUAAGCUAAUUUUUAAAAUGUUCAUUAUGGGGUAAAAAUUAGGAAAGAUGUGGCAUAGUUUCACAGUUUCUUCAAAGGCUGAUUUAACUUAAUUUUAAAUCAGUCAUUCACUGUGGGAGCUAAAAAGCAAGGGCCAGAUUCUAGCAUAGCUCAAAUGAAAUCAGUAAACUAUGUUGACUUACACCAGUUGAAGAUAUGGUCCGGAACAUGCUGUCUUUCAAGUGUCUCGAGGGAAAACUGUUUCUCAUCUACUGGACUGUAGCUCACUGACUAACUUUUAUAGCACUGAUGAUGCUGAGUAACUUUGCCACAUCUGAUGGCCAAAGUAGCAAACACUUAACUUGGAUCUGAAACUACCCUUAUAUAUGUUUACCUUGUUUUUAUAAUUGCCAUGAUUAACAUUGUGAAAGAGAAAAUAUAAGUUACAUUUGUUCCUAUCUUUUAUAAUAAAGAUUUUUUUUUAAGAGUA